UGAUUUAUGAUCUUUCUUUCUUUAUAAGCUGUUAAGCUGUCUCCAAAAAAAUUCUGAAGAGAGAGUAUUGGAUAAGAUAGACAAGGGAGAGAGAAAGAGAGAGGGAUGAUUUACUUUUUUAAGAAGUUUCUGUUUUGCUAUGUGUGGCGUUUUAGGUAGAUAAUCUACAGCUAGCUAUUACAAGAGAGAGAGAGAGAGAGAGAGAGAGAGAGCUGACUCAAUCUGUGGUGUAGAUUGAUCAGAAAGAUCGUGUGGGAAUCUGAAAGUUUUUAAUCUUUACUAAAAUUAGAAUACUUUGUAUAAAAAUAGGAGGGGGGAAGAAGAAGAAGAAUGGGGAAGAAACACAAAUCAUCAUCAUUGAGAAGCAAAGCAGUUCACUUUGUCACCGAUCUCACCACCGGUCUCCUUAAUCCCAUCUCUGAUAAACCACCCUCCUCCUCUCCUCCUCUUCCGGAUGAGGAAGAAGAUGAGUCCAAGAGAGAUCAACUAGCCUCCAUCACUGAGGAGGACCAUCAGUCUAAAGACGAACCAGACACUUCUUCCUUCUCUGCUUUCCUUGGCUCCCUCUUGUCCUCACACCCCAAGGAUCAACAAGAAGACGAAGAGGCUGAAUCAAGCGAUACUUCUUCAUCAUCAUCAUCCUCUUCAGUGAAUACAAUGAAGGAAACUACUACUAGUGUUGCAAAGAAGAGCUUGUUGUCCAAGUAUAAACAGCAUUUCAAGAACUUUUACCAGGCUGUUAAGCUUUCCAAGGAUCGAAAGGGGGUGAAUACUGCUGAGGUUAAAACGGACGAUGACGAUGGCUUGGAGAUGAAGCAGAUGCAGGAUAAACAUGAAACAGCAACAACUGUAGUACAAGCCAUUAUUAUACCUGAAACUUCAGAGCCCUCUCUUCUUUUGACUGACCAGUCAAGACGUUCCCUUUAUUCUUCACUCCCUGCUCUCGUUCAAGGCAGGAAAUGGAUUUUGCUUUAUAGUACAUGGAGGCAUGGUAUAUCACUGUCAACGCUGUACAGGAAAAGCCUCCUCUGGCCUGGUCUCAGUUUACUGGUUGUUGGAGACAGGAAAGGUUCGGUGUUUGGUGGACUUGUGGAGGCGCCUUUGAUACCAACUGAUAAGAAGUAUCAGGGAACCAACAGUACAUUUGUUUUCACUGAUAAGUCUGGACAACCCACUAUAUACCGUCCCACAGGAGCAAAUAGGUUUUACACAUUAUGCUCCAAGGACUUUCUAGCUCUCGGUGGUGGUGGGCGGUUUGCUCUCUAUCUAGACAGUGAGCUGCUAAGUGGAUCAAGUGCUUACUCGGAGACAUACGGGAACGCGUGUCUUGCAACCUCUCAGGACUUUGAUGUUAAGGAAGUGGAGUUAUGGGGAUUUGUGUAUGGCUCAAAGUAUGAUGAGAUUCUAGCUCUCAGCAAAACAAGAGAGUCUGGUAUUUGCAGGUGGUGAUGAUCAUCAUGAUGAAAUGGAAUUUUUUUUUAAAAGUGAGGUUAUCUUAUGUAAAUGUGUAGUUAUAUAAAAUGUUUUCUUACCAUGACUUACUCACUCACUUGUAACCAAGAAACCUUUUUCUUGUUGUUGUUGUUGUUGUAAUGAUUUUGGAAUGAUAUGUCAAAACAUAAAACUGGUUGAAGGUUCAUCAAUAAAAAUUGGUUUAUGCA